UUAUCUUGUUUGGAUGCAUGAGCGUGGCGUGGGCGGGGCUGGUGAGGCUGGAGGCUGAGGAGGAGAGCAGCAGCAGCAUCUCUGGUCGAACCCUGGACUCUCUACCUAGGGUCGACCUGGUAGACGCCGCUACCAACCUCGUCAACCAGGUGAUGGACGGACUUAACAUCCCUCCAGCCUCAUCUUAUCUCUUCACUGAAACUCACACCGUACACACCGUGGUCAAGGCCAGGGCCACGAGGUACAUCACCUGUGCCAAGUACGUCAGUAGCGACGACUGUGUGAGGAGCGACGACCCCACCGCCACCCUCGCCGACCCCACCGCCACCCCGGACGACCCCACCACCGCCACCGCCGCCACCACCGCCGCCACCACUGUCACCACCGCCAUCCCCGUCAAUAGGGUUGACACCAUAAGUGCCACUACCACCAUCGCCGGGAUUACUGCCACCACUACCCCCGCCCUCCCUGAGGACACCACAGAUAAUCCCUCGCCAUUAAUCAUGACUUCCCUAGACGAGCUGGAGUCGGCCAGAGCCUCGAACGCCGAGACGCCCGGCUUGGACGCCGACGACGCCGUCACCACGCAGGCUCCUGUGGUGGCUGAGGGGAGGGCGGUGAGUGCCCCCGGCCUGGUGACGAUGGUGACCCACACCUACACCAGCACCAUCUUCACAACCACCAUCUCCUCCGUCGUCAGCUCCCUCACCUUCUCCUACCUCGGCUGCUCCGCGCCCACAGUCUCCUCAAGCUUCCCCGUCUGUAAGCUGACCAAGUCCACCACCGUCGCGGAACUGGUGUGAGAGGCCAGCAGCAUCCCCAAGAUGAGAGGACGUGCUUCACUUGCAGCAGCAGCAGGAGAAGCCGCAGCAGCAGCAGCAGCAGCAGCAGGAACAGGAGCAGCAGCAGCAGCAUACUCCUCCAACAGUCCUUUCAUCAAACCGACAAGUUUGAAUCCCAUAACAGAGCAAAAUUUUGAAAGAAAAUCAACCUCUGUUGUCUUGUGUUAGUGUAGAUUAUUGUUGUUGUUAACGUUGACUUGACGUUAUUGUUGUUUUCCUUAGUCUCCCGUACACGGUGGUGCUGGAGCUGCCUCAUGGCCGUACACGGUGGUGCUGGAGCUGCCUCAUGGCCGUACACGGUGGUGCUGGAGCUGCCACAUGGCCGUACACGGUGGUGCUGGAGCUGCCUCAUGGCCGUACACGGUGAUGCUGGAGCUGCCUCAUGGCCGUACACGGUGGUGCUGGAGCUGCCUCAUGGCCGUACACGGUGGUGCUGGAGCUGCCUCAUGGCCGUACACGGUGGUGCUGGAGCUGCCUCAUGGCCGUACACGGUGGUGCUGGAGCUGCCUCAUGGCCGUACACGGUGAUGCUGGAGCUGCCUCAUGGCCGUACACGGUGG